GGUAAAUACAUGAGUAGUUAUUGGUGGCAACUUGGAUCCAUUCCAUCCCAUACUUCAUUAUUCUCCAUCCGAUGCCAUCUGUCUGCAGUCCAGCUCCAAUGCUGAUCAUGGAGGGGCUCAAGCCCUUCCGAGCUUAACUAUUAAAGCUUCCUGCGCCGCUCUUUUGCCAUCAUUCUCAACCUAUCUCUUCCUCUCUUCCUCCUCCUUCUCACCUUCUCUUCACCCUCCGCCCUAUACCCAAUCUACCCCCGUCUUCAGCACCAUGGCCACCGCAACCGUCACAGCGCUCGAGAAGCCCAACAUCGGUGUCUACACCAAUACCAAGCAUGACUUGUGGGUCGCGGAAUCCAAGCCCACGCUGGAGGAGGUGAAGAGCGGCGAGAGUCUGCGGCCGGGGGAGGUCACCAUCCAAGUCCGCAGUACUGGAAUUUGCGGAUCCGACGUCCACUUCUGGCACGCCGGCUGCAUCGGCCCGAUGAUCGUGACGGGCGACCACAUCCUGGGCCACGAGUCGGCGGGCCAAGUCAUCGCCGUCGCGCCGGACGUCACCUCCCUCAAACCGGGCGACCGGGUCGCCAUCGAGCCCAACAUCAUCUGCAACGCGUGCGAGCCCUGCCUGACGGGCCGAUACAACGGAUGCGAGCGGGUGCAGUUCCUGUCGACGCCGCCGGUGGACGGGCUGCUGCGGCGGUACGUGAACCACCCGGCGAUCUGGUGCCACAAGAUCGGGGACGAGAUAAGCUACGAGGACGGGGCGCUCCUGGAGCCGCUGAGCGUGUCGCUGGCGGCGAUCGAGCGCAGCGGGCUCCGCCUGGGCGACCCGUGCCUGAUCACGGGCGCGGGGCCCAUCGGGCUGAUCACGCUGCUGAGCGCGCACGCCGCGGGCGCCACGCCCAUCGUCAUCACGGACAUCGACGAGAGCCGGCUGCAGUUCGCGCAGUCCCUCGUCCCGGGGGUGCGCACCUACAAGGUCGACACCAAGAAAUCCGCCGAGGAGAACGCCGCCGGCGUGAUCCGCGUGUUCAACGACGCCGACGCCGACCAGACCUUUGACGUCGACAGCCCGACCACCCUCCGCCCGCGCAUCGCCCUCGAGUGCACCGGCGUCGAGAGCAGCGUGUGCUCGGCGAUCUGGAGCGUCAAGUUCGGCGGCAAGGUGUUCGUCAUCGGCGUCGGCAAGAACGAGAUGACCAUCCCCUUCAUGCGCCUCAGCACCCAGGAGAUCGACCUCCAGUACCAGUACCGCUACUGCAACACCUGGCCCCGCGCCAUCCGCCUCGUCCGCAACGGCGUCAUCAACCUCCAGAAACUCGUCACCCACCGCUUCGCCCUCGAGGACGCCCUCAAGGCCUUCGAGACCGCCGCCAACCCCCGCACCGGCGCCAUCAAGGUCCAGAUCAUGAGCUCCGAGGAGGACGUCCGCGCUGCUUCCGCUGGUCAGAAGCUGUAGUUGAAUCACCCCUCACGAAAGAAAUGAAAAUGAAUCGCCUGCUUUUGUUUAUGUGUGUGUGUGUGUGUGUGUGUGUGUGUGUGUGUGUGUGUGUGUGUGU